AUGUCUGUGUCUAAGUUAUAUGGAAGAUCAAUGAAAAUGUUGCAAAUGGUAAUCCAUGAAGACGCCAAUAUUGAAAACAAAGAAAGUGAGAUAAAGCAAGUUGAAGAGUGUUCUUUGCCACAAAAUGAAUUACAAAGUCUAGAUGCUGAACAGACAUUGAACAUAGAAAAAUGUCCAGGCCCUAUUUUUAUAUCUAAUAAUAAUGAAGUUGGUGAGAUACAGCAAUAUGUUGAAGAGAAUCAUUUGCCUCUGAAUGAAGUACAUAAUCGAAGUGUUGAGCAGGCAAUAAAUAUGGAAAGUUGUACAGACGAUAGGUUCGUAGCCAGCCAGCAUGAGCCAGCAAAUGAAGCUUCUAAUCUAAGUGGCGAGCUUAUUGAAAUUUUACGGGGAGGAGAAUAUGAAGAAAUUAACUAA